CAGGGAAAGUCCAGCCUCCGCAGGCGUUCCUCGCCGUCGGGCCAACCUCCCAUUCCCGGGGCGGCACGGACGGAGCGGCACUGCGGGCCCUGCGCGCUCCGAGACAGGCAGAGAUGCGGCUGCUCCUGCUCGUGCCCCUGCUGCUGGCCCCGGCGCCCAGGUCCUGGGCUCCCAAGGUGAGACGGCAGAGUGACACCUGGGGACCCUGGGGUCCCUGGAGCUCCUGCAGCCGGACCUGCGGAGUGGGCAUCAGCGUCAGGGAGCGCCCCUGUUUCUCCCAGAGGAGAGAUGGGGGCUCCAGCUGCGUGGGCUCAGCCCGGAGCCACCGCUCUUGCCACACCGAGAGCUGCCCGGAGGGUGCCAGGGACUUCCGGGCGGAGCAGUGCUCCCAGUUCGACAGCCAGGACUUCCAGGGAAGAUGGUACAAGUGGCUGCCGUACUACGGAGCCCCGGACAAGUGUGAGCUGAACUGCAUUCCCAAGGGGGAGAACUUCUACUUCAAGCACAGGGAGGCUGUUGUGGAUGGGACACCCUGUGAGCCUGGCACACGGGACGUCUGUGUGGAUGGCAGCUGCCGGGUCGUGGGCUGUGACUACAACCUCGACUCCGCACAGGAGGAGGACAAGUGUCUGCAGUGUGGGGGUGACGGCAGGACCUGCUACCCCGUCACAGGCACCUUUGAUGCCAAUGACCUCAGCAGAGGCUACAACCAGAUGCUCAUCAUUCCCGCGGGGGCCACCAGCAUCCGCGUGGAGGAGGUGGCGGCCAGCAGGAAUUUCCUGGCGGUGAAGAGCGUGCGGGGAGAAUACUACCUCAACGGGCACUGGACCAUCGGGGACGCCUGGGCCCUGCCCGCAGCCAGCACCAUCCUGCACUAUGAGCGCGGGGCCGAGGGGGACCUGGCCCCUGAGCGGCUCUAUGCUCGCGGCCCCACCUCCGAGCCCCUGGUCAUCGAGCUCCUCAGCCAGGAGCCCAACCCCGGUGUGCGCUACGAGUACCACCUGCCCCUGGGCAGCUCCCCGUCUGGCUUCCACUGGAGCCACGGCUCAUGGAGUGACUGCAGUGCCGAGUGCGGGGGAGGUCACCAGUCCCGCCCGGUGUUCUGCACCACUGACAACGAGGUCUACCCUGACCGCAUGUGCCAGCAUCAGCUGCGGCCGGCCGACCGCCGCCCCUGUAGCACUCACCCCUGCCCGCAGACCAAGCGGACCUCUUACCUGCACCGGCCCAGAGCGUGGCACCUUGCUGGGGCCCAGCGUGCACGCAGGAACAGCUGGAAGACGGGGCCCUGGUCACCCUGCUCGGCCUCCUGUGGCGGCGGCUCCCAGUCCCGCUCUGUCUACUGCGUCUUAUCCGAUGGGGCAGGCAGCCAGGAGGCCACCGGGGAGGCGGAGUGCGCAGGCCAGCCUGGGAAGCCCCCUGCCACCCGGGCCUGCAACCUGCAGCGCUGCGCAGCCUGGAGAGCGGAGCCCUGGGGGGAGUGCUCUGUCAGCUGCGGUGCCGGGGUCCGGAGGCGGAGCGUCACCUGCCGCAGUGAUGAGGGGUCUCUGCUCCACGCCGCAGCAUGCCCCGCGGAGGACCGUCCCCCCAUCACGGAGCCCUGUGUGCGUGAAGACUGUCCCCCAACGCAUGAGCAGGCCUGGCGUGUCGGCGCCUGGGGUCUGUGUUCCAAGAGCUGCGGCGCGGGGACCCGGAGACGCCAGGUCAUCUGUGCCCUCGGGUCUCCCGGCCUCUGUGGGAGCCUGCAGCUCUCCAAGCCCAGGGAGGCCGAGCCCUGUAACACGCAGCCCUGCCAUCUGCCUCCAGAAGUCCCCAGCGUGGAGGACGUGCUCGCUGGCCCCAGGGAUCCCCGGAUGUCUUUGGGCCCUCAGGUGGCCGCCAACCCAGAUUCCAGAGGCCAGUGGUGGCUCCCCCAGGAGCAAACCUUAGUGCCGGGUAAUCCCAGCGGAGCCCAGGGCCUCCACCUGCCAGGCCUAGCUCCUUCUCUGCCACAGUCCCCACACCAGCAGCCACUGCGGUCUGGCUUGGCACCCCAGGACUGCAGACGUAGCCCCUAUGGGUGCUGUCCUGAUGGCCACACCGCGUCUCUUGGGCCACAGUGGCAGGGCUGCCCGGGAGCCUCAUGUCAGCAGAGCAGGUACGGGUGCUGCCCUGAUGGGGUGUCUGUGGCCGAGGGGCCCCAGCACGCGGGCUGCGCAGGGUCUUACAGCAGUGACAACACCAGGAGAAGGCCGGGGUCAAGAGCUGUGGCUUCCUCGGCCCCCAAGACCCACCAGCCCCGGGCUCAGCAGAAUGAGCCCAGUGAGUGCCGGGGCUCCCAGUUUGGCUGUUGCUAUGACAACGUGGCCUCUGCUGCUGGUCCUCUUGGGGAAGGUUGCCUGGGCCAGCCCAGCUACGCCUACCCUGUGCGGUGCCUGCUGCCCAGCGCGCACGGCUCCUGCGUGGACUGGGCGGCCCGCUGGUACUUCGUCCCCUCUGUGGGCCGGUGUAACCGGUUCUGGUACGGCGGGUGCCACGGCAACGGCAAUAACUUCGCCUCCGAGGAGGAGUGCAUGAGCCGCUGCCGGGGGCCUCCCGCCGGGGCCCGUGGACAUGGUGCUGGCAGCGGUCCCGGGGGCCAGCACGAAGCCAGAUGGCAGAGGACGGGGGCCACGGUCCAGACGAAGCCCUUGCCUUCCGGUGGCGUCUUGUGGCGAGACCGAGAGCCUGGGCCGAGGGAGGAGUCCCACGCGCAAGCCUUUGGAGAGCGGCCCUGGCGCGGGGAGCUGGAGCCCAGCGUCCCUGGCCUGGGUGGAGAUGCGGGGCGACCAGCGCUGCCUUCCCGCAGCUCUUCCUACAGGGUCAGCUUGGCCGGCCAGGAGCCAUCCCUGGUACAGGCGUCCCCGGGGCAGUUGGUGCAGCUCGUCUGCCAAGAUGACGACGCCUCCCUGGAGCCCCAUGGCCAGUGGCAGAAAGACGGGCAGCCCGUCUCCUCCGACAGGCACAAGCUGCAGCCUGAUGGCUCCCUGGUCAUCCGUCCCCUGCGGGCAGAGGACGCUGGCAUCUACAGCUGUGGUGGCAGCAGGCAGGAUGGUGACUCUCCGAAGAUCCAGCUUCGUGUCAUAGGGGGUGAUGUGGCCGUGCUGUCUGAGGCUGAGCCAAGGCACUUCCCUCGGACCAGGGACCCAGCUCAGGGCCACAGUCCUUGGGACUCCAGCCUAGUGGGGGACAGAAGGGGCCCAGGGGCCGUCUCCUCCUUGCAGCCUCGGCCCACGACCAGGCUGCUUCUGGAUAGGAACCAGCCCAGGGUGGUGGACGCCCAACCAGGCCAGCGGGCCCGGCUGACCUGCCGUGCUGAGGGCUUCCCGCCCCCCACCAUUGAGUGGCAGAGAGAUGGGCAGCCCCUCUCUUCCCCCAGACACCAGUUACAGCCUGAUGGCUCUCUGGUCAUCAGCCACGUGGCUAUGGAAGAUGGUGGCUUCUAUGCCUGUGUUGCUUUCAACGGGCAGGACCGAGACCAGAGAUGGGUCCAGCUCAGAGUUCUGGGGGAGCUGACCAUCGAAGAGCUGCCCUCCACUAUGAUGGUGCCAGAGGGGGACACGGCCAGGCUGCUGUGUGUGGUGACAGGAGAAAGUGUGAACAUCAGAUGGUCCAGGAAUGGACUGCCGGUGAGGGCCGACGGGCAUCGCGUCUACCAGUCCCCAGAUGGGACCCUGCUGAUCCACAACCUGCAGGCCAGAGACGAGGGCUCGUACACGUGCAGCGCCUACCGCGGAAGCCAGGCAGUGAGCCGCAGCACGGAUGUGAGGGUGGUCCCGCCGGCGCUGCCCGGCCAGUCCGGGGCCCUCGGCAGGGAGUGUGUGGACCAGCCCGAGCUCGCCAACUGUGAUCUGAUCCUGAAGGCCCAGCUCUGCGGCAACGAGUAUUACUCCAGCUUCUGCUGCGCCAGCUGCUCCCGCUCCCAGCCUCCCGCUCAGCCUGUCUGGCAGCAGGGAUGAAGGCUGGCCGCGGGCCCGGUCCCGAAGCAACUCUCGGCCUGUGGCCUCCGGCUGGCAAAGGGAUCUGUCUUUUAGAGAAGGGGCCCUUUCAGGCCGCCCCGCGGGGCUAGCACCCACCUCGCACUCCGCCACCACAGGCAGCUGUCAAGAGGCAUCUGCUUGGAGAAGGCCACCCUUUCCGGCCUCCUCCCUCAUUUCUGUUACGCAGGAUCCGUUCACUGGGUUCUAAAGCAAGUUACCAGGGUUCUCAAUUCAUUGAAAGCUGGGUGGGGAGGUGUGGAAGGGUUUCGAAGUUACCAUGUAUCUCCCGGGCACACUAAGUCCUGCCGGGUCAGGCCAUUUCCCUUUGCUAGAACGCCCUCGCACGUCGGGUCAGACAGCGGGUCCACUGCUCCGGUCGCGCUCACCCUUCCGGGCGGGCAGCUUCAACCUCCCAUGAGGACAGUCAGUGGCACGCCCGUGAGCGCUCCUGCCGAGUGCAGCACGGCACGGGGAUGGGGUGAAGGAGCAGCAGCUGGUGCCGUCAGCAUGGCCGAACUGGGGGAGCAGCGCCUUCCUUUCCUCCGGAGGCUGACGCGCAGAGCCUGGCUGUGAGGGUCCCCUCACCCUGCAUCGAGCUGACCCGCUCUGCACAGUGACCAGCGGGGAGCCUCUCCUCCCGCAGCAGGAAUCUGUGAGGCAGAAUCAGACCAUUCAAAACUGGCACCGGCAGGACAGGGGAGAGAAGAAGGGGAAGGCCACGUAUGAACAAUGAAGUAGUUUCAGAAAUGGCUGCAGGUGGCAGAAGUCGCCUCCAUCUCAGAACCUCCCGUUCCUCGCUGCUGCUAGACAAGAGGCCUGCAUUCUACACAUCCUCCAGAGGACCAGCUGAACCUGACAGGUUAUUCUGGGACAUAGGAUAGGCAGGCAUUACGGGGAAAGCUGACUUAUUACCACCACACUGGCUGGAAAAGAGAAACUGCAUUAUGGGGGAGUGACACUUCUUGGUCUACCUCUCAGUUAAUACAGGAAACGUGGAUUAGGGGCAGAGGCAUUUUUUUCCUUCCCACUUAAAAAAAUACAGAGGAGGAUCCCCUUUCAUUUACCAUGGCUAGUUUUGCUAUACAAACUGGAAACUGAGGGCUACUUUCUUGGACUCCCCAGUUCUCCCCAACUGGCAACAUCAUUCAGAAGGGAAGUUCGAGGGUAGCUCUUCUCAGAACUAGUCAGAGUACUGGGCUAAGGUUAUAGCAAAGAGUAACACUAACAAGCUGGACCAGUGGUUCUCAACCCUCUUCCACAUUGGGAGCUUUUAUUUUUGGUUAAAAAAAAAAACAACAACACUGAACUUGGGGGUCCCCCCACCACCACUCUGAUUUAUUGGCCUGGAGUAGGGGCCAGGGUGAGGAUUUUAAAAGCUCCUCAGGUGAUUAUAGUAUGUAUCCAAGGUUCACCACUCCAGCAGGGCCUUUCAGGUGAACCUUGUUCCAGGGUAUUUUCUGACGACUAGGCUGGGGGUGGGGAGGGUGGGGCUGAGAUUCUGUACCUCUACUCAGCUCCUAGGUUCAGUCCAUGCUCCUGUUUCAGACCACAAUCUGAGCAGCAAGAGUCUGACAUCAGAGAUAUGCUUAGAUCAACCAAAGCCUAAAGUAUAAACACAAAAGUGAAUUUUAAGAAUGUUCCAGUCCUGAUGGGCAAAACAGAUGAAGGGGAUUAAUCUAGAGGUACAAUCUUCCAGUUAGGAGUCACGGAGAGGAAAAGUCUAGCGCAGGGAAUAUGGUCAAUACUGUAACAGCAUGUGUGGUGACAGAUGGUGACCACUUAGUGAGCACUGUGCAAUGUACGGACUGUUGGAUUGGUAUGUUGUACACCUGAAACUAACACUGUGUGCCAAUUACACUUCAAUAAAACAAGUACACUAGUCCCAAUACAA